AUAUAUCAUGCCACCGCCACCGUCAACAAAGCCGCGGCCGCCAGCCAAACGACUUGUUACUGCUGGCCAAGGGCUCUCCACAUCAUUGGUCAAUGCUGCUGCCCUCCAAGACCAUCUCGUGCGAAGUUUGAAUCUGAGCAUGCCAGCCAGAGUCAAAUUGGGGAAAACCAAAGCCGCUCUCCCCCCGUCACAACCGUCGUCGAGAUCCACGCCCCCUCAAGUGCAAACUCCUGAUUUGACGACGGGGUACCGCAAUGUGUGGGUGUGCGAUUCUUGUACACUCGAAAACGCGGAAGAAUCGGGUUCUCGGUGCUCGGCUUGUGGGUCGUUUAAGCCCAACAACCGCCGAUCGAAACUAUCGUUAGCCCAAAAGAAAGGCCUGGUACAAGCCCCGCCACCAAAACUAAGCCAAAACCAAUGGGAAGACUGCGAAGCGAAAGCAGAGGAGCGGGGAGACACGAUGCAUCCAUGCUCCAUCUGCCGGGAAUCGUUCGGAGUGCAGCCGAAAGUCAUUUUAAGCUGCAGCCACAUGUUCCAUCACAACUGCCUAGCCAGUUUUGAGCGGUUCCUGCGCACAAACCAGCGCGUGUGUCCGCUGUGUCGGAAGCAAAACUACCAAAAGCGCCACACCAACCAGGGCGAACGUGGAUACCGCAUUCAAUGCGCCGUGAAAAUACAGACUUUUGUGCGUGGGUAUUUCGCCCGCCGCCGAUUUCCAGCGCUGUUGCGUCAGUAUUUCAAGUCCGGCAAUGGCAGCCCAAGGCGCCGACAAGAGUUUUAUGCCUCCAAGAUAUCCAACAUCAGCGACCGCAUUGUCGAUGCGAUCGAAGCUCGGGAAGACUCGAUCGAUGCCCUCUUGGCCACGUUUGACAAGAGUUUGACAUUGAGUCGACAUGUGUUCAACAACGAACAAUGCGACGACGACGGGGGACACGUGAUGACCAGUGACAAGUGGAACGCUAUGCUCGAAAAGGCUGCGUUGCGAGACGAAAAGGAGUGCCCCAUUUGUAUCAACGCCAUUGACUCGUCGACAGCCAAACUUGUGGCCUUGCUCAGCUGUAGCCACGUCUUGCACGCAGAUUGUCUGCACGCUUUUGAAGCAUUCAACAUCUACGAAGUGCACUUGUGCCCAGUCUGUCGAAGCAACUACGAGUCGCGUGCCGUCAACUCGGACAUGACAUUUGCUGCCUGAUUUGCGGUUGGUUUGGGCUGACAACAUGGCACAUCAUUAACGUUACAACACGGAAUAACGUGACGGAUGGCUUGACGAAAUGCCAUGAACCACGUCGAAGUAAUAGUACAAUGUACUGUACUACCGGUAGUCAGUACUUGAAUCUAACAGUAACUUAGAUGUGUUAACUUGUCCA